UAUUUCAGUUUGGAAGCCGGUUGGAAGAGCCGUAGUUUUUGACCUUUGUUAUUAAAAGGACCCUUUUUGUUUGCAUUUGCUGUCUGAGUUUCUUAUUUUACGCCCGAAUCUGGCCUCACUCCCCCUGGGUUACCACAUUUUGGUGGAGGAUGCAGGCAUGACGGUCUGUCGCUAAAGAUUCAGGCUAAAAUAGGUACUCCGAGAGAGACACGGAGAACCAUGGAGAAUGCACUGACACAGCUCAUCCAGACCCAAACCCAGCAGGCCCAGAGUCUUCAAGCCUUACAGGACGCCAUCACUACUCUUGGACAGCAUCUGGUAAAGCCAGAGAGGCCUACGGAACCCAGUAAAGUUCUCACCAAGCAGACCGGUGAGGAUGACAUUGAGGCCUACCUAGAGGUUUUUGAAAGGACUGCAGAGAGGGAACGUUGGCCUAGAGCACAAUGGGCAGGGAUUCUAGCCCCUUUUUUAAUUGGCGAAGCUCAAAAAGCCUGCCGGGACCUUUCCCCCGCUGACGUAAACCAGUAUGGGGCAUUGAAAGCUGCGAUUUUGGCCCAUUAUGGACACAACCUGCAGACGAGGGCCCAACAGUUCCACGCCUGGGAGUAUGACGCUACUGCCCCAGUGCGGCCGCAAAUUGCAACGCUGAUGCGAUUGACACGCAGUUGGUUAACCUCGGGGGAGGGGCCUCCAGCGAUUGACAGAGUUGCCAUGGAUCGCUGUAUCAGAGCCUUACCCGGGGGUGCCAAACGACACGCUUCUCAAAGCUGCCCAGAGACAGUAGAUGCCCUAGUGACGCUGUUGGAGAAUCACCAGGUCACGGUACAGUUGAUGCAAAGCAGUAGGCCACCCAGCCAAUCGGACCCCAGGAGAGACAGGCAGAGGCUGAGGAAGAGCGACACGGAGGCACUGGGCCCAAGCCCGAGGCCCCAAGGGGGUCCGCCCCAGCCAUCCCUCCAGCGCCGCCCCUUUGUGAAUCCGGACCGGCGAAAAUGCUUUGCCUGUGGACAAGAGGGCCAUAUAGCGUGGAAUUGUCCGGGAGAAGACAUUCUGAUGCCUACGGCGGGCUCCUCCGACUCCCCACGGAAGGCCGACAGCUAUCUUACCACGUGCUGGGCUCAUGAGGGCGCCAGGGCCCCAAAGCUGCCGGUCAGAAUAGGGACCCAGGAUGCUGAAGCCCUACUCGACUCCGGCAGUGCGGUCACCCUCCUACGGCCCGGGUUGACCUCUGGCCCCAGGGGACCCCCUAUCCCAGUCUCCUGUGUCCACGGGGAUUCACGAGAGUAUCCCACGACCCACAUUAAGGUCCAGACCACCAGGGGCACAUUUGAGGUUGUUGCGGGCUUAGUGGAAAAUCUGCCGGUACCAGUGCUGAUUGGGCGGGACUGCCCGAUAUUCUGGCGUUUGUGGGCAUACAGGACUGCUGGCCACCGAAGAAACUGUCCCACCAAGAAACCUGGUAGGGACCAGAAAGUCAAGGUGGCACAUGCCUGUGCAGCCCCAUCUAGCCCAACCACGUCAUCUGCAGAAGGGACAGAGGAGGAGGCCCUGGCCCCAGCGGAGGCCCCGGCCCCAGCGGAGGCCCCGGCCCCAGCGGAGGCCCCGACAAGGAGGGAUCCCCGACUAACUGAAGGGUCUUCGAACGAGGCUUUUUCGGAGUUCCCACUGGCAGAAGAGGCAUCUUCCACCAGGCCCGGGCAGUUUGGGACGGCCCAGUGGGAGGACCCUAACCUGGAACAAGCGCGACAGAACCUGGCUGUGGUCGAGGGAGAACCGGUGGCGGGGGUAAGUGCUAGCACCUUUCCACACUUUUCAAUCAAGAAUGGCCUCUUGUAUAGGGUGGCAAAGCUGGAGGAACGGGUGGUGGAACAGUUGCUAGUCCCCAAGCGCUAUAUUAACAAAGUGUUGUACCUAGCCCACUCCCACCUGUUGGGAGCUCAUUUGGGGGUGGAGAAAACCUACGACCGAGUCCGGGAGCGCUUCUACUGGCCGGGGGUGAAGAAGGCGGUCCAGGAUUAUUGCCAAAUCUGCCCACAAUGCCAGAAGACGGCGCCGAAGGUAAACUACCAGAAUCCACUAAUACCACUACCAAUAAUCGACAUCCCAUUCCAGAGGGUGGCCAUGGAUAUAGUAGGCCCCUUGCCGAAGUCCAGUAGGGGGCACCGGUUUAUCCUGGUUAUCAUGGAUUAUGCCACCCGGUACCCAGAGGCGGUCCCGUUACGCACCGCAAGUGCUAAAGCGGUGGCGAGAGAAUUAUUCCUUCUCUUUAGUAGAGUUGGGAUUGCAAAGGAAGUCCUUACUGACCAGGGAACCUGUUUCAUGUCUCGGGUGAUGAAGGAGAUGUGUAAACUGCUGAAGGUGAGCCAAAUACGAACCUCUGUCUACCACCCACAGACGGACGGCCUGGUAGAACGUUUCAAUAAAACCUUAAAACAAAUGCUAAGGAAGGCUAUUGACGUGGAGGGGAAAAACUGGGACCAACUAAUCCCCUUUGUCUUGUUCUCAAUCCGCGAAGUGCCCCAGGCGUCCACAGGGUUCUCACCAUUUGAGCUGCUGUAUGGACGGAGACCCAGGGGCAUGCUGGACCUGGCCAAAGAAGCAUGGGAGCAACAGCCAUCAGCCCAUCGCUCCGCCAUAGAGUAUGUCGACCAGAUGCAGGACAGGAUGGCUAAGGUAUGGCCCCUGGUGCGGGAGCAUAUGCAACAAGCCCAACACGCCCAAGCCAGAAUCUAUAACCGUAGAGCUCAGCUACGGGAGUUCCAGCCGGGAGAGUUUGUCUUGGUCCUGAUUCCAACGGUGGAAUGCAAAUUCCUGGCAAAGUGGCAUGGACCCUAUGAGGUGAUCGAAAGGGUGGGGGAGGUGAAUUAUAAGGUAAGACAACCGGGAAGGAGGAAAAUCUGCCAAAUAUAUCACAUUAAUCUGUUGAAGAGAUGGCACGCCCCUGACAGUGUUCCGAUGGCCGCACUAACCACCGAAACCCAAGAUCGUGUCCCCUCACAGGUACCUCUGGGCCCCCAUCUGAGUCCGACCCACCGGCAAGACAUGGUGGAACUAACUGGGCAGUUCAAAGAUGUUUUUUCAGACAUGCCGGGAAGGACCACGGUGAUUAACCACGACAUCAUCACCGAACCUGGGAAAAAGGUUCCCCUCACAGAAACCGCCAAAGAGAAGACAGCGUUUGCUACCCCAGAAGGCCUGUACCACUAUAGAGUCCUGCCCUUCGGAGUCCACGGAGCGCCAGCUACGUUCCAAAGAAUGAUGGACCAGGUGCUCCGACCUCAUCGGGAGUAUGCAGCGGCCUACCUAGAUGAUGUGGUCAUACACAGCCCCGACUGGACCACCCAUGUAGGCCACCUGAAAGCUGUCCUGGGAAGCCUACGGAGAGCUGGCCUGACCGCCAACCCAAAAAAGUGCCACCUUGGCCUGGAGGAGGCGGAAUACCUCGGCUACACCAUUGGGAGAGGCAGUGUGAGACCCCAAUCCCGGAAAGUGGAGGCCAUUGCCACCUGGCCUAAGCCAGCCACGAAGCGGCAAGUAAAAACGUUCCUCGGCCUGGUCGGCUAUUAUCAGUGCUUUAUACCCCACUUUGCUACUAUUGCAGCCCCUUUACACGAGAUGACGAAAAACAGCCACCCACACCAGGUCCUCUGGAGCACCGAAGCUGAGGCAGCCUUUACAACCCUUCGGAGGGCCCUGUGCACCGAGCCAAUUUUAAGCACCCCUAAUUUUGAGGACACGUUCAUCGUCCAUACAGAUGCCUCUGGAUCAGGGCUUGGAGCCGUGCUGUCCCAGGUCAGAGGAGGAGAAGAACACCCAGUGACCUAUAUCAGCCGUCGGGAAAAGCACAUGGAAACGCAGACGCCUUGUCCAGGAGGGAAGAAUGCUAUCUCGUUGACGCUCCUAGCCCCAACCUGGAGCUGGUGGAGGGGGUGUGUGGCAAACCAGGGGGAGGAACAAAGCACUUGGGGCGGAGCCCCAAGCUCCGGUUGGGGGAGGUGAUAAGGGGGAUUUAUUAUCCUGUGCAGGUGCUCCA